GGGAGCGACAGCAGCAGCAGUAGCCGCCGCCGCCGGGGAGACGGGAGCCGGGAGCCGGGAGCCGUCGUUUUGUUUAUUUCACGAGAGGUAUACUCCCCCCCCACAAUGUCGGAAUUUGACAGCAACCCCUUCGCUGACCCGGUGGACGUGAAUCCCUUCCAGGAUGCCUCAGUCACACAAGCCACCAGCGGAAUCUCUGAAAGAAUUGGAGAGUUCAACCCCUUCUCUGCAACUGAAAUGGGAAACCGCUCCGAUACGACCAUCCCCAUCUCUUCAGUCUCCUCUCAACCUGCCAUACUGCAGACCUCUGUGGAGCAGAGUGCACAAGCAACUGCAGCUGCUGCCCAGGUUAACCUGAUCAAACAGCAGGAGGAGCUGGAGAGGAAAGCAGCUGAGCUGGACCGGAAGGAGCAGGAUCUAAAGAACAGGACCGCAGGCAGAGCGAACACUGGAGCUAAAGAGAACAACUGGCCACCUAUUCCCAAGGUGUUCCCUGUGAAGCCCUGCUUCUAUCAGGACUUUGAGGAGGAAAUCCCCGAGGAGUUCCGCAGGAUCUGCAAGAGAAUGUACUACCUGUGGAUGUUCCACAGUGCCACUCUCUUCCUCAACGUGCUGGCCUGCCUGGCUUACUUCACUGCAGACUCUCAGUACGGUGUGGACUUUGGUCUGUCCAUCCUCUGGUUCAUCCUCUUCACCCCUGUGUCCUUCAUCUGCUGGUACAGGCCAGUCUACAGAGCCUUCAGGUCUGACAGCUCCUUCAGCUUCUUUUUCUUCUUUUUUGUCUUCUUCUUCCAAGUGGCAGUUUACAUUAUCCAAACUGUGGGGAUCCCCAAGUGGGGAAACAGUGGAUGGAUCGCAUCAAUCAGCAUGAUCGGCAGAAACUUGGCUGUGUCUGUGGUUAUGAUGGUGGUCGCCGGUUUUUUCACUGUAAACGCUGUCCUGGCUGUCAUCCUACUGAAAAUGGUCCACUCUAAGUACAGAAGGACAGGUGCCAGCUUUACCAAGGCCCAGCAGGAGUUCUCCCAAGGAGUCCUGACCAACCGAACCUUCCAGACUGCCGCAGCCAGUGCUGCCACCUCCGCUGUCCAGGGAACCUUCGUCUCUUCUGACUAACAUUGUACCAGACUACCCAUGUCCCAACAUUCUUCAACGGGUUUAAGGGGACAGGGGUUUGAAUAUUUAGUGAAAAGCGCCAAAAAACAAGUAACUUAACCACAAGGUCAGGCUGGCAAGGUGUUCCAUCUCUCCACUUACAAACUCUUAAAGUGACUGUGGUAUAAUACAGAAGAGAAGCUAGAGGUCUUAUACAUGCAUUGUAAUGGCUUGCACAUGUCUUGGUUCUUACUGACGUCUUUGCCACCCUCAUCAGUAUACAGCAUGUUGAAACUUCAUGCUAUCAGAAUUCAGUUUAUUCUGGGAAAUGUGGGAAGUCAAAAAUUGAAGUUGAUUUAAAUGAGGUGAGAAAGGAGGCAGACUGGGUAUGACAAAAAUUGACUUGGCAAAACCUCAUCACAACAUAACUCCUGGAAUGCAUUUAAAAUAGUAGACUAAAGAUGUAUACAUGAGAGUAUCUGCAGUGCGCCACUGAACAAGGCUGGGUUUCAGUGGAAAAAGUGCAGUUAUUUAAAUCCUGUCACUGUUAAAGACGCCGGUGAAAAGUAUUAGGAUUUUUCUAUCUCACUGUUCAUGUAGAAAUAACAUACUGAGACCUCAAAAAAAAAAGACCGCACAUAGAGUUUAGAUUAUAUUAAAAAGCAUACCUGACAUAAGAAUGUUUUAACAUCAGUGAAUGAUGGUUCCACAUAAUGUAUGCGUACAUGUUGUCGUCAUUACAGAGGCAUGUAGAGCCUUACAGGGUAACCGGCCUUUCAUUUUGACUAGUUUUUAAUACAUAAGGUACACUUUAUUCUACUAAAUUCUGAUAAUUUUCCACUUGCUCCCUGCCAGAUGCCCUGUAUAAUGAAAUGCAUCCUGUUACGUGUUACACUACUGAUGGCAGACUUUUUCGCACAAAAUUUUAAUCUUUUCAUGCGUUCAAUACCGUAUUGGACAAGCUGAUGAUUAACGAAGGUAAUGGGAUGAAGUUUUUUCUUUCUACUGUUUUGAUCAGCUUAUUGAUCAGCUGACACAAAAAGCUCUUCUGAUGGCAAAUGAAGUAGUGGUUUAAGUGAUAUGUCACAUUUUAAUUCAUGUUGAGUUGUUAGAAAUACCAUUAUCUUUUCUGUCAUUGUAUGGAGUCUUGCUGUGAUUUAAAUGAAAGACAGGGUACAGGUUUAUUAAUGUAAAGUUACUGACGUAGUAUAGAAUUUAGAAGUAUUUACUAAAAAAAAAGAAAGCACAUUAAUGAGCAGAAAGAACACUAUAUUUAUCUGUUAUCUGUUUAUCUGUUAUCUAUUAUCAAUUCUUUUGACUUUGUAUUCAUAGUAGUAAUACUGCAGACAAAAGUCACAUGUUACUGAAUAGUCAAAGAUAGUUUGAAUUGGUUACUGUAACACUGAAACGCUUUGUCUAGAUCUAACCUCAGGGCCUUUAAGUAGAUGUAACCUACCAAUUUUUGUGUGGGGAUUUAAGCACAAGGCUGUUGGUUAUUAGUGUUAUGUCUAAUUUUGUUUGUCUUUGUAGAGAAAUUUGUUUUAUGGUGAAGUUUCCCCUUGAUGAUCAGAAUGUGUAAUAAGGUGUGUUGUACAUAUUGGUGACUUAUUUAAAACAUAUUUACUGGAGGGUAAUGGCUUCUCAGUCUUAACAUUCAAUAAACUUUUUUUUCUCUAUUGAAAAUUUGGAUCAUGUUUAGC